UCACAUGCAACUGAUUUAAAAAAUGUUAAAAAUGUUUACGAAUGUUUUCACUGCAAGCUUCAUCGUUCUGGUAAUUUUUCAUAUUUGCGUUUCUGAACCGCACUGUUCUAAAUUUCACUACGAAGAGAAGCUCUUAGAAAAAAUGAUAAGACUUGAAAUUUCUGUGGAAGCAAUGAAAAAGGAAAUUGAAGAGUCUCGGAACCAGGUAACGACAACUCUUGGUAAUCUGCAGACAGAAAGAAACACAUGGAAGGAAACAUUACUGACCAUGAAAGACGCAAGCAUUACAGGAUUAGACACUGCUAUUCAAGAGGCAAAAACACAAGUUCAAGAGGAACUAAACGUACUAGCGGCUGAGAAAGAAAGAUGGAAUAAAGAACUAAAGGAGUGCGAGAAAAUACCAGAGGUCGUUUUAUUCUCUGCUAGACUUCCCAAACAAACACCGGCAAGCGGACAAACAAUGGUUUUCACAGAGAUCAUCUUAAAUAAAGGCGACGCUUACAACAAAGAAAAUGGUGUAUUUACCGCUCCUUAUACUGGCGUUUAUACGUUUACUGUACAGUUCUGUGCCUAUCCUGGAAAGCUUGUUGAUUUUGCCUUCAUGGCCAAUGACAAACCGUUUAAGAAAUCACGGAUCCAAAAACACGGUACUAGUUAUUUUUCCUGCUACAGCUUUGAUGCCAUGACCAUUGUUAAUAAGAAUGAGAAUGUGAAAAUCAAGAUUAUAUCUUGCUCUAGUUCAGGAACCAUAUUGCAUGAGAGCGGUAGUAAUUACUGGAACACAUUCUCUGGCAGUUUUAUUCAAGCGCUUUAGAAGAAAAACAACAAUGCCAUUGACUCAUUUAACAAUACAUGUAUAAUUUCCACAUGUUUUACAAAGAAUACGCAAAUCAUAUUUGAAAUAUUGUUCCUGACAUUUUAAUUGAUUAAAGAUAUUUUUGUAAUUAUCAUGUUUAGUAAGAAGUAUCAAAAUGAUGACACAUUCUGUCACAAAUUCAAACUUUUCAAAUAUCUUAAUUAGUAAAUAAUAUUUGGGGUUUAUCCUUGGUAUCAGUUUCCUUAUACGUGUUUAUAAAGAGGUAUGGAAACUGCGCCUCAAAGACAAAGCUAGACAUUAACCUUUACCCUGCUAUAUUCUAAAAUGGACUGCUCGAUCAUUCGAUUUGGGCAGUACAACUUAUCAUUCAAAGGAGUGUUAACUGAAAAUGCACUGACUGAAUGGCGAACAGUUCAGACCAUGAUCAGCCUGCACUGCUGAUCUUUAUCUGCACAGGUCGCUAAAGCAAAAUCACUUACCUCACAAUACCAUUCUUUAUAAUCUGACUGCCCUGUAAUUAUUCUUUUCAAUAAUUGUUUUCUCUAAUAUCUGUCAAUGAUUUGGGUACUUAUAAAAGCUAUUCGCCCACAGUUUCGGUGAAAAUUUUCAACAUGUUCAUUUCCACUAUGUUUGGCUUAGAAUUUAUAUAUGACUCUGUAAAAUGAUAAUGUGGGUGAAAAUAAAAGUUACAUAUUGGUAAAGAUGCAAAAAGAAUGUAAAUUUUCUGCAUUAGUGCAAAAGUAUUGCAAUGGUUUACUUUGCAAUGGUUUACUACCUUCUGCACAAUAUUUUUGGUUACUUACAAAAAUAUCUUGCAAAAAGUUUUUGUCAA